AUGUCCAUGAAUUGCUACGCCUAUCAGAAGUGCUACAAUCCCUACGAGGUGCUCGACGAACAGAAAGAGGCGAUCCGUCGCUCCGUGGCCGCCGCCUGCCGCAUCCUGGCCAAGCUGGACACCGACAGAAGUUACUACGAGCUACUGAGUUACUACGGCACUUGUGCCGAGGAGCGUCCCAUUGUGCUGGUGGGCCAAGGCGUGACGUACGAUGCUGGAGGAUUGUGCCUGAAAGAGAAACAUGAGCUCUUCCAUAUGCGUGGGGACAUGACCGGGGCCGCCGUUGUGGUGGCCUGUUGUCGAGCUGUGGCUGGCCUGCGUUUACCGGUCAACAUUCGCGGCCUGAUACCUCUUUGUGAAAACGUAGUGGGCUGCAAUUCGGUCCGUCCUGGGGACAUGGUCAAGUCCAUGAACGGCAAGACCAUCGAGAUCCAGUGCACCGAUCACGAGGAUGUACUGGUCCUGGCAGACGCCCUGCUGUAUGCGCAAAACUUCUGUCCCAAGUGCAUCAUUGACGUCGGCACCUGCUCGGGCUACAUGCGCCAGGCCCUGGAUGAGUCGGCUGCGGGGGUCUUUACCAACUCGGAGAUCCUGUGGCAGCAGAUCAAGCACGCCAGCAUGCACACCGGAGAUCGCGUGUGGCGCUUCCCAUUGUGGAAAUAUUACAGCAAGGCCGUGCGUGCCGGGGGACGCAGCGAUGUGCAGAACUACGGCAUUGACCGAGGUGGACGUCCCUGCAAGGCCGCUGCCUUUCUCCGUGAGUUUGUGCCCUGCGGCCAGUGGAUGCAUAUUGAUGCUACAAAUGUGAUGGUGACAAAGGGCUUCGAAUACGAGUAUCUGCGCAAAGGAAUGGCCGGCCGCCCGACCCGAACACUGGUGGAGUUUAUUGCUCAGACGAUUUGCAAGGAUACGGCCCCACGUUUGGCCAAGUAA